AUGGACACAGCUGACGAAUUUGCAAGUGCGGCUACUAUCAAAAAGAUUUUUACCAGAUUACAAAAGAACGCUGCCAACAAACAAUGUUUUGACUGUCAAGCAAAAAACCCGACUUGGACAUCAAUUCCAUUUGGUAUUUUUGUAUGUUUACAAUGUAGUGCAAACCAUAGAAAUAUGGGUGUUCAUAUUUCUUUUGUGAAGUCUUCUACACUGGAUACCAAAUGGACAAACAAACAAUUGAGGAGUAUGAAAUGCGGUGGUAAUGAUCGUUUCAAAGAAUACGUUAUUAAAAACGGCGGUUCGCAAAUGUUGACCAAUCACGAUAUGGUUCAGUUAUAUAGCUCACCAACAGGUGCCAACUAUAAAGAGACGCUCGAGAAGAGGGUCAUCAAUGAUUUUGCUAGGCAUGAGGACAUCUUAGAAUGGGAUGACGGUGUCCAAGAAGAUCAGGAGGAAAGCGCAGCUUCUUCCAGUAAUGAUGACUUUUUCUCGAAAUGGGAUAAACCAACAAAUACACCAUCACCAUUAGGAUCUCGACCAAUUACGCCACUCAACAAUAGCUCAACCAGCUUGAACAGCAAGCCUGAAAAGAAAGCUGCGCCAGUUAGAAGAGUUAUCAAUAAGAGCGUUGGAGGAGGCGGCGGGGCACUUUCAUUGGGUAAGAAGAAUAUUUUAGCUUCGAAUUCCUCCAAUAAAAAGAAAUUGAACAUUAAGAAGGUUACUUCUGAUGAUGUUGAUUUUGAUGAAUUCGAAAAGGAGGCAAAGAAAGAGGAACAAGAGGUCAAGAGUUUAGGAUAUAAUCCAAACAAGGAAGACGUAAAGACUACUGCUCCAAUAAACGAUACCAAAGGACCUGCAUCCAUUUUCAAUAAGGGAAAUUCCGGGGAGGAAGCUAGGAAGUCUUCCUUGUCUUUGUCUCCUAAUGGUGGUGACACACAAUCCAAGAAGGUUGAAAUUGAUAAUACCAGACAGAGUUUUGCAAAGCUAGGUUUUGGUAUGACUGCAUCGAAGGCAGCAGCUCAGGACACAAAUGCUGGGAAGAAGUACAAGGACGUUGAAUAUACAGGUGAGGUUGCCAAGAGGUUUGGCUCUCAAAAGGGUAUUUCGUCAGACCAAUUCUAUGGUACUGGUAGCUACGACGAAACCAAGGCAGCUGAAGCACGCUCUAAAUUACAGAACUUUUCUAAUGCACAGUCUAUUUCCUCCUCAGACUAUUACGGCGAGGAUGAUGUUCAACAAUUCAGAGCUAAUCGUGGUGGCGAUUUAGAGAGUCAAGUGAUGGAAUUUGCCGAGAAAUAUAUGGGCGAUGACCUCAAUGUUCUAAAAGGUGCGUUGGAGGAAGGUGCUGAAAAGUUGGGAGGCUACCUACGUGAUGUUCUUAGAAACUGA